GUAUAUAUAUGUGGUUUUAUAGCUCUUAAGGUUAUUGAAAUGGAUGGCACUUAGAGGAAGGAUGUAGGAAGGAACUGCUGUGUUAUAUAUAGCAAAGAAUCGGGGACAGUCGCUCUUCCAAUUGCAACGAGAUUGUAAGUGGGGAGAGCGAGGAGGAGAGUAACGGUGUCAACUUGAUGGAGUUCUCAGAUGAGAUCCUUUUGCACAUCCUCAGCUACGUCCCUUGCACAGACCUUGUCCUGAAUGUCAGGAGAACCUGCAGGAAACUCGCAACUCUUUGCCUUGACAAGAGUCUAACGCAUACGGUUUUACUUCAGAAAGACUAUAAGGUAAACAAAGACAAAGUGAAGCAACUGAUGAGGGAUAUCGGAAAGGAGAUUUACCAGCUGAACAUGGCUGGGUGCUAUUGGCUGCCCAGCUCCACUAUUGACCACGUAACACGAUGCAAGAACCUGGUAAAACUGAACUUGUCUGGGUGCCACAUCACCUCCCUCCGCCUCUCAAAGAUGCUGUCCACGCUCCAGCACCUGCACUCCCUGGCCAUAGAUGUCAACCCAGGCUUCGAUGCCAGCCAGCUAAGCAGUGAGUGUAAGGCCACUCUGAGCCGUGUCUCAGAACUGAAGCAAACCCUUUACACGCCGUCGUAUGGUGUCGUCCCGUGCUGCACUAGCCUGGAGAAACUGCUGCUGUACUUUGAGAUCCUGGAUCGCUCACGAGAAGGCUUUAUGCUCUCUGGGCAGCUAAUGGUAGGUGAGAGCAAUGUGCCCCAUUACCAGAACCUGCGGGUGUUCUAUGCCAGGCUGGCUCCUGGCUAUGUUAACCAGGAGGUGGUGAGGCUGUACUUGGCGGUGCUGAGUGAUCGGACACCUGAGAACCUUCACGCCUUCCUUAUUUCUGCUCCCGGUAGCUUUGCAGAGACAGGAGCCACUAAAAACCUCCUGGACUCUAUGGCUCGAAAUGUACGUCUGGAUGCUUUACAAUUGCCCAAAGCCUGGAUUAAUGGCUCUGGGCUCCUGCAACACUUGAAGUUCAACAACCCUUUCUACUUCAGCUUUAGCAGAUGCACCUUAUCUGGUGGCCACCUGAUCCAGCGAGUUAUUAAUGGUGGGAAGGAUCUUAAAAGCUUGACCAGUUUGAAUCUCAGUGGCUGCGUUCACUGUCUGGCUCCGGAGUCCUUGUUUCGAAAAGCAGAAGAUGACAUUGACAGUAGCAUUCUGGAAAGCUUGGUAGUGUCUUGCUGCAACCUGAGACACCUCAACCUGUCUGCAGCUCACCAUCACAGCUCAGAAAGCAUAGGGAAUCACUUGUGCCAGCUUCUGUCCAGGCUAAAGCACCUGCUCUCAUUAGCACUACCGGUUUGCUCCAUCACAGAUGUUGCUGCAAACGUGGAAAAACCUCCCACAGUGUCUAAAUUGGUGCCCCAAACCUUUGGAAGGAAAGUUCGGAUUGGGAUACAGACAUAUCCAAGGAACUUAGCAGACCAGGCAAAUCAGAAGAUAGAGUCUUCGGUAUUCUGGGCUCUGAUGGGAAGCCUCCGGUAUUUGGAAACCUUGGAAAUCAUUGGGUCCAGUUUUUCCUCUGCCAUGCCCCGCAAUGAGCCAGCAAUUAGGAACUCAUUGCCUCCUUGUGUCCGGGCACAAAGUGUCGGGGAUUCAGAGGUGGCUGCCAUUAGCCAAGUGACUUACCUGCAGAGCCUCACCUUAGCACAACUGCCAAAUAUCCUCACUGGCUCUGGGCUUAUUCACAUUGGAUUGCAGUGCCAGCAUUUGCGGACUCUUUCCUUGGCCAACCUGGGCAUGAUGGGGAAGGUGGUCUAUAUGUCUGCUCUCAUGGACAUGCUGAAACACUGCAAGUGUUUGAGAGAUCUCAGGCUGGAACAGCCGUACUUCUGUGCGGGCGCCCAGUUCUUCCAGGCCCUGAGUCACUGCUCCUCUCUCCAGCGGCUUUGCAUCGUCUCCCGGAGUGGGACUCUGCAGUCUGACGCAGUGAUGUCAUUCAUGGCCAACUGCCUUGAGGUCAUCAUGUGCCACAUGUUUAUGGGAGAAUCUCUUACCGUUUGCAAAAGUCUCCAGCAAUCUAUUGUCCGGAGUUUCCAGGCGGAUCGCCCUGCAUUAAACGUCGUCAUUUUCCCUCUGCUUCAUGAGGACUUGACAGAGGUCAUCAGAGAUGUCCCCAUGAGGCACUUGGAUGAAAUUACCUUGUUUAAAAGCAGAGUGGCCGAGGAACCUCCCAACUUGUGGUGGUGACUCUCACAGCAUGGAAAGGACAGUCAGCGUGAACACAGUUGAAAUAGCUUCUUGUUGGCCUGGAUUCCCCAUCCUUCAGCUCCUGGCCGCCUCCCUGGAUGCUGUACAAUCACUUGAAAUAGGUGCAAUUGCAAAAUGAAAUAAAAGCUGGUCCUUUGCAGUGGGGAAACCAUCUAUUGGAUAUUGCUUGCAUCUGAAAAUCCUCUCUCCAAGGCUUCUGGAAUCUGAUGAGUAUUUCCUCGCGGUUAAUAGGAAUUGUUUUGUUGUUUUACUGAAGUUAAAGGUAAGAGAAACUGACUUAAUGA